GUUCCCAAUAUUGAGAGAACAGAUCAACAAUGGAUGUACUGAAGAUCGAGAUCGUAUCCAAAGAGAGAAUCAAGCCAUCUUCCUCGACUCCUACGAGCCUAAGGAACUUCCAACUCUCGCUCCUGGACCAGCUCUCUCCUCCCGAGUAUGUGCCUAUGAUAUUCUACUAUGCUCCUCCUGAUGGAACCGGCUGCAGGCUCCAAGCUCGCUCAAGAAUAGACUGCCUAAAGCAUUCCUUGUCUCUAACCUUGGCCAAGUUCUACCCACUUGCUGGGAGAGUCCGCGAGAACCGGUUCAUUGAGUGUGACGACGAUGGGGUCGAUUUUUUCGAGGCUGAAUCGAGCCUCCCACUCUCGGAAGUCCUCCGCCAACCUUCUGCAGAAGUAAUGGAUCAGUUGCUUCCUAGUGAGUACCAUUCCACCACUAGUUCUCACGAUAGGGAAGUUCAGUUGGCCACUCAAGCCAAUGUAUUCACCUGCGGGGGAAUAGCCAUCGGUAUAUGUGUACUCCAUAAGAUCGUGGAUGGGAUUACGUUUACUUCACUCAUGAACUCGUGGGCGGCUAACUCUCGAGGUUCAGGCGAUCCUUCUUCAUCACCCUUAUUCGUGGGGCCCUCUCUUUUCCCCCAGAGGGACUUAUCGGGCCUAUUGCCCACCCUGGACAUCCCGAGGGACAAGUGUGUCACAAAGAGGUUUGUGUUUGGCGAAUCGAAGAUUGCCCUUUUAAGGGACAAACUCAAGGAAGGUAGGUGCAUUGAGAAUCCCAGUCGAGUCGAGGCAGUCUCGGCGCUCAUAUGGAGAUGUGCAAUUAAUGUUAAUUGGAUUAGAAAAGGUUCUUUGAUUCAAUCUGUUUUGACUCAAACUGUGAACUUAAGGGCAAGGAUGGACCCGCCCUUGCCGGAGAAUUGUGUUGGGAAUAUUCUUUGGCUUGCAAUAGCACCGGCGCCAGAGAUCGAACCAAGAGCUCAAGAGGUCGAGCUGCAUGAGCUGGUAAAUCAGAUCAGACGAUCAAUUAACAAAUUUGAUGCAGAACAUAUCAGGAAAAUGCAGGGGAAUAGUGGGUUCUCGGUCAUAAUUGAGUCCCUCAAACAGGUUGUUGAACUGGUCUCACGGAACGUGGACAUAUACCGGUUUACGAGUCUCGGGAGAUUACGACUGUACGAGGCUGAUUUCGGGUGGGGGAAGCCUGUUUGGGUCAGCAGUGCUGGUCUUGCCUUCAAGAAUGUGGUCGUUCUGAUCGAGACGAGGGACAGUAAGGGGAUCGAAGCAUGGGUCACUCUCGAGGAAGGGGACAUGGCCAUUUUCGAGAGGGACCGAGAGAUUCUCUCGUUUGCUUCCACAAACUCCAGUGCUUCCUGCCUUCUGCUGAAUCCUCAACUUUGAGUGUUCUAUGUUUUCACUGCUAAUGUAUCUUUUAAAACAGCAAUUCUCCUGUUUUUCCUUCCAAAUUAAUAA